AUGGUUGCUGGAAAACUGCUGAUGGGAUGGGCGCAUCUGGUGGAUCUGGGUGCAAUGGCCUAUCAGCUACGGACUACCCUAGGGUACGGAGAAGCACCUAAUCAAUCGAGCACUAAGUAUAUCUCGGUUCGCAUCUGCUGCUUGAUCAUCGCGACGAUGGGGAGGUUUCACCACCGACUAUACAAAACUGACCGUGCACGCGAUUUCGAUCAUGAACAGGAUCGAUAUGUACGCAUGCGACAGAUCUACGAGACAAUCGACCGACAGUCUUACCAGUGGGUAGUCGUGUUAGUCGCUGGUCUUGGGUUCUUCCUCGAUGGAUAUACACUAUUUGCCAGCAACAUGGCCCUCCCGAUGAUAUCCUAUGUUUACUGGAAAGACGAGGUCUCUUCGAUAAAACUGACCUGCAUCAACAUCGCAACUCUCGCCGGGACUCUUUUUGGAAUGGUACUCUUUGGGUUCCUGGCAGAUAAAAAUGGUCGCAAAAAGAUGUAUGGUGUCGAGCUGGUGUUGCUGAUCACCGCCACUAUCGGUGUGGUCAUGUCAUCUCAGGGUGAGAAUGGAAGCAUGGAUGUUUACGGGUGGUUGAUCUGGUGGAGAAUUUGUGUUGGUAUCGGCGUGGGUGCAGACUAUCCUCUUAGUGCUGUCAUCACCUCGGAGUUCGCGCCAACAAAGCACCGUGCGCGCAUGAUGGCCAGCGUCUUCUUCAUGCAGCCACUGGGUCAAAUUGCCGGAAACCUGGUCUCUCUCAUCGUUAUCGCCAUUGCUCGCAAUAGCGGGGGUAGUGAUGAUGUUAUCCGCACGAUAGAUUCUGCAUGGAGAUGGGUCUUGGGAAUCGGAGUCGUCCCGGGUGCUAUCGCGACUCUGUUCCGUUUUGCGAUUCCCGAAAGUCCACGAUACCUGGUUGAAAUAGAAGACGACGUUGUUACCGCUGAAUUUGAUGCGACACAUCUCUUCGAUGAUUCUCCCACGAGCCCUUCUUUUGAUACAUCGAGCUUUGCCACUGGUGUGGGCAGUGCAAUCCACAUGCCGCCCAUAUCUUCUCUCUCUCUCGCCAGCGAUUCUAUCCACGAGGACGAGGAAUAUAGCCGUUUGCCACCUGCGACUCUUAACUCGCAUUGGCGCCUCGCCCGCACUGACAUCAUACGGUACUUCUGGACAGAAGGAAACUGGCGCUCUUUAGCCGGCACCUCGCUCUCCUGGCUACUGCUCGAUUUCGGGUUCUAUGGUAUUGGGCUCUCCAGCCCGCAGUUCCUAGCCAAAACCUGGGGCCAACUUCAUAUCACUCAGGCAGAGCCUAACUGGAUGACGGAUAGUCGUCCCGAGGCUAGCGUCUACCAGAUGUUCUUUGAUACAUCUGUUCGUGGUCUAAUUGUUUUGAAUAUCGGAAGCUUCGUUGGGGGGCUUCUUCUAAUCCUAUUCGCCCACCGCAUCGACCGUGUUGCUUUGCAAAAGUACAUGUUCCUUGCACUUGCAGCCCUUUUCAUUGCCUUGGGUAGCAUGUUCGUCACCCUAUACUCCGGACCGCCUGCUGUGGUCGCCUUGUAUAUUGUCGGCCAAAUACUCUUCAAUUUUGGCCCCAACGCAACAACGUACAUGAUCCCUGCCGAAAUAUUUCCUACACGUUAUAGAGGUACCUGUCAUGGUCUCAGCGCCGGCGCCGGCAAACUUGGUUCGAUUCUUGUUCAGAUAUUCUCCACCUACUAUCAUUUCGGUACCGGGCCUGGGGACGUGUCAACCCAGCAUCACGGCAUCAUUCUUUUUGUAUUCAGCGCUUGUAUGGUCCUUGGCGCCGCCGUCACUCAUUUCUGGAUUCCGGCUCUUCAACAAAGAAAAGGCCGAAAUCUCAUCUGGGGUGGAAAACCAUACACCCUCGAAACAUUGGCCCUCGGGCGCAUGGGUCGCAAAAGCCGCGAGGCAGAUGUUCGAAAGAGAGCUUCCAGGGCUCGAGCCAUGUCAUUCAGCGGAUAG